AUGGCAUCGGCAACCGUGACGCCAAAGUCUGGCUGGGUGCACCACCGGGUCACCCAGGGAUUACAUGCAGUAGCCAGCCAAGUGUGCCAACAUCCCAUUCAUACGUUGCUGGUAACGUCCCUGAUAGUCACGUCCACUUAUCUCCAUAUUUUGGAAGGCGCCUUUCGCGCGGCCAAUCUAGGUCUCGGUUCUAAGACUGACACAGCCUCUUUGAACGUCGAGUCAUUGCUUUGGGGCAGCCGAAGCCUUCGGAUUAGCGAGACAAGCUCGUGGAGAUGGCAGGUAGACGACCUGUCUAAGACGACUAAUGAUGGCCAAGUUGAUCACCACUGGGCUCUUGUCACUCUCACUUUCCCCGGUACCUCUACCAAUAUCCGCCCUGCCAUACUGAACACACUGUCCGAGUCUGUGGAUGCGGAGGCGAUCGCACCGACCUCCAACUUCUUCACCUCAAUCUCCAAUGAAUUCCUGCUGGCGUACCGAGUUCCGUACACCCAAUUGAGCGAUUUUCUAGAGGCCGUGGAGUUCGUUGCCUCGGAUAAGGAGGGUCAUAGCUGGGCGAUUAGGUCUCCCCAUGGAAAGGGCAGGCUUUCGCUGGCCCACGGUCGAUUUGGUCAUCAUCAGCUUAGGCUACCUCGCUUUGAAUAUGACCCUAGUCUCUCUCUUCCGAGCAAUGCGUCACCUCGGCUCGCGCUUCUGGCUGGCAGCUCCGUGCUGCUUUCUGGGACGUUUGCCUUCGUGCUCGGACUCGGGGUAACGACAGCCUGCGGCGUGCCAGUCGACAUGUCUCUACUCUCCGAAGGGAUUCCCUUCUUGGUUUUGACCGUGGGGUUUGAGAAGCCGAUCCACUUUACUCGUGCUGUCCUCCUCGCAUCCAAUAAACUCCAGCGUGGGUCACAGCAGCACCCUAUGAUCCCCAAUACCAUGCUAUUCGCGAUAAACACAUAUGGGUGGUCCAUUGUGCGGUCGUAUCUUCUCGAGGUCGGGGCUCUCGCAUUGGGAGCGGUCCUCCGGCCACGGGAACGAUUCGGGCAGUUCUGCUUUUUGGCUGCAUGGAUGGUGCUCUUCGACGCCAUCCUUCUUUUUACCUUCUACACAACCAUUCUCUGCGUCAAGUUGGAGGUGACCCGGAUCCGGAACCCCGGCACCCUAGAUCUGGCAGAUGCGCAACGUGGGCCACGGAUCUUCGGGUAUAAGGUCAACCGGACCAGCGUGGCUCGGUGGAAGCUGAUUAUGGUCGGCGGGUUCGUGCUCUUCAACGUACUCCAGCUGUCAUCAUUCUUUUACCGCAUCAUGGGAAGUUCCAUGACCAAUGCCGCUUUGACUCCAACCACUGUCAGUCCGUUCAAAGUGGCUGCCAACGGCCUGAACGAUAUCUAUUUGGCUGCUUGGGCCGGCAGAGUUGAAACACGGGUCACGGUGCUACCGCCGAUCCGAUAUGUCAUGGAAUAUUCUGGAUUUCGUGUGCCUGCCGGGAGACAUCCUGGAUUUGACGGCGUGCUGGCCGGACUGAAAACACCCCUGGGGCGACUCUGCCUCAUGAGCGCUUUGGUUCUUAGUCUUUACCUUGAUAAUCACCUGAUUCACGCCGCCCGUUGGCAUGUUUCUCCUGACGCACCGAAAGAAUUUGUUGGAUCUGCGCUCUCUUCGUCGCCCACCUCAGGCCUCAGUACUGCAUCUGCCCCUACGCCCCCUUCUCGAAGCUUCGAGGAAAUCGAGGCUCUGUUCAGAGCAAACCAGACGGAUUCCCUGACGGAUGACGAGCUGGCGGAGCUAUGUCUCCGGGGCAAGAUCCCUGGCUACAGAUUGGAGAAGACCUUAGAGAACAUUACCUCAGCAGGAUCCCCAAGCACAGCAACAACUAGGCUAGAGGCAUUCACCCGUGCGGUUCGCAUCCGCCGGGCCGCCGUGUCGCGAACGCCUUCGACUCGGGACCUCAGCGGCAGUAUCAAGAACUCGCUGCUCCCUUACCGCAACUACAACUACGAGCUAGUACACGGUGCCUGUUGCGAGAACGUGAUCGGAUAUCUGCCCCUGCCCGUGGGUCUCGCCGGACCCAUGGUGAUUGACGGCCAGGCGUAUUUCAUCCCCAUGGCCACGACUGAGGGUGUACUGGUUGCCAGCGCCAGCCGGGGAUGCAAGGCAAUCAACGCUGGUGGCGGUGCCGUGACGAUUCUCAAGGGUGACGGGAUGGCACGAGGCCCCUGCCUGGGAUUCCCGUCAGCCAGACGUGCCGCCGAAGCUCAGCGCUGGGUGGAGUCCCCCGUCGGCCAUCAGGUCCUGACCGACGCCUUCAACACCACCAGCCGGUUCGCCCGUCUGCAGACUCUGAUGGUGGCCCAGGCCGGCACCUACCUCUAUAUCCGGUUCCGCACCACGACCGGCGACGCCAUGGGUAUGAACAUGAUCUCCAAAGGCGUGGAGAAGGCUUUACAGGUGAUGACCGCCCAUGGGUUCCCCGAUAUGAACACUAUUACGCUGUCUGGUAACUUUUGCGCUGACAAGAAAUCUGCUGCUAUCAACUGGAUCAGUGGUCGCGGCAAGUCAAUCAUCGCUGAAGCUACUAUCCCCGCCGAUACCGUCCGGAAGGUUCUGAAGACCGAAGUCGAUGCGCUGGUUGAGCUAAAUACAGCUAAGAACCUGGUGGGUAGCGCUAUGCCGGGCAGUAUGGGUGGAUUCAACGCCCAUGCAUCCAACCUGGUUCAGGCCGUGUUCUUGGCUACCGGACAGGAUCCCGCCCAGAAUGUGGAGAGCAGCAGCUGUAUCACGACGAUGAAGAAGAUCGACGGAAACCUGCACAUCGCCGUCUCCAUGCCCUCGAUGGAGGUUGGAACCAUCGGUGGAGGCACCAUCCUUGAAGCCCAGGGGGCCAUGUUGGACUUGCUGGGAGUCCGCGGCGCCCAUCCCACCGACCCUGGUGGGAAUGCCCGCCGCUUGGCCCGGAUCAUCGCCGCGGCCGUGCUGGCAGGAGAACUAAGUACCUGCUCCGCCCUGGCGGCCGGUCACUUGGUCAAUGCCCAUAUGCAGCAUAAUCGAAGUGCGCCGUCAUCGGGGAAGAAAUAG